GGUCUGCUCUUGGCACUCAGCUUGCAGCUGGAGGAGAGCUGCAGAGAGGGAAAACAACUGCGCAGCGGGAAAUGAGAUUAAUGCACAGGUAACAAUUGGUCGACCACAGAUGGAUGCAUGAGUUACAUAUUAAAUUGUUUGAACUUGUAGAUUAGAUUAUUGUUACCAGGAGGGAAUCGAUCUGCAGUAGAGGGAAAACAAGACAAGAUGUGCUGCGUCCAUGGCGCCACUGGUGCGCUAUCCGGGGACAGAGUGAGCGACGGCGACGCACUGACACCCCGCUUUUAGAUGGCUCCAACAUUUGGGGUGCAAAACAGGUGUCAGGGAAGUGUCGUCACGAACCCCGGAAGCCGGAGGAGGUGGGAACAUCAGAGGGAAAGAUGGCAGCGAAAUCCGAUGGUCGCGGGGUCGUCACCGGUUUCGCCCAGCUGCACAACCUGGAUGAGGUGGUGGGGACGGGAGAGGACGACAAUCGGAACAGCAGCUCAUUCCACAUCUGCCACUGCUGCAACACCUCGUCGUGCUACUGGGGCUGCCGGAGCGCCUGCCUGCAUUACCUCCGGGGGAAGGGGAAGGGGAAAGAUGCGGCGCGACCACCGCAGGAGGAGCGCCUCUGGCUGGACUGCCUGUGGAUCAUCCUGGCAAUGCUGGUCUUUUUCUGGGACGUGGGGACCGAUUUGUGGCUGGCCAUCGACUAUUACCACAAGCAGGACUUUCUGUGGUCAGGCCUGACCCUGUUCUUCGUGCUGGUGCCCUCUGUUCUGGUCCAGAUCCUGAGCUUCAGGUGGUUUGUGCAGGAUUACACUGGGGGCGGACUGGGCUCCGUGGAGGGGCUGAGUAGUCGUAGAGCAGCCAGUCUGCAAAGAGACAGGUGCUGCCGCCUCUCUGUCUGGGUCUGGCAGACCAUCAUACACAUCUUUCAGUUGGGACAAGUGUGGAGGUACAUCCGCACCAUGUACCUCGGUAUACAAAGUCACCGUCAGAAGGAGAACCAGCGGCGUUUUUACUGGGCUAUGAUGUAUGAGUAUGCCGAUGUCAACAUGCUGCGACUGCUAGAGACCUUCUUAGAAAGCGCCCCUCAGCUGGUGCUGCAGCUCUGCAUCAUGAUCCAGAGCAACAAGGCUGAGUGGCUGCAGUGUGUUUCUGCCAUGUCCUCCCUCCUGUCCCUGGCCUGGGUGCUAGCGUCUUACCACAAACUCCUGCGUGAUUCACGUGACGACAAGAAGAGUAUGAGUUAUCGAGGUGCCCUGGUGCAUCUGUUCUGGCGCCUUUUUACCAUCUCCUCACGGGUGCUCUCCCUUGCUCUAUUUGCCUCGGUUUUCCACAUCUACUUUGGCAUUUUUGUGGUGCUCCAUUGGUGUGCCAUGGCUUUCUGGGUCAUCCAUGGCGGCACCGACUUCUGCAUGUCCAAGUGGGAGGAGGUAUUGUUCAACAUGGUGGUGGGCGUGGUCUACGUCUUCUGUUGGUUCAAUGUACGUGCGGGCCGGGCGCGGUACAGAAUGGUGGCCUAUUACACAGUAGUACUGUUAGAGAAUGCCAUCCUCAGCCUCCUUUGGUAUGCGUACCGUGACCCAGUCACCACUGACGCCUAUGCUUCUUUUGCCCUCUGUGGCGUCUUCCUGUGCUUUGCCUCAGGUGUGGCCUGUAUGGUUCUCUAUUACGGGGUUCUACACCCCAUGGGUCCCCGGCUGAGGGUGCUGGCCAGCUCCUGCUGUGCUGAGCUUCUGUGGGGCCUUCCAUUACCCCCCGAGGCCGAGCCCAUGGCUCCUACACCAGGGCCCCGUGGCUCUCAGGCCACCCCCACACGGGGUCUGGCAGGGGAACACGAAGAGUCAGAUGAAACAGCCACAGACACCUGCCUUCCGGUUUUCCAGGUGAGGUCCACAGAGCCUGUGGAUGCAGCUGGCAGGCCAAUCCGGCCUGAGGGUCCUUUCAUCAAGAUAGACAUGCCCAGAAAACGCUACCCAGCCUGGGAUGCACACUUUGUGGAUCGGCGCCUGCGUAGGACCAUAAAUGUGCUGCAGUACAUUAGCCCGAACGCGGUGGGCAUCAGGUAUAGGGACGGUCCGCUUCUUUAUGAACUCCUGCAGUACGAAUCCUCCCUCUGAAGGCAUCUUCUCCCUCAACUCUGUCACCUCCUAUCACACAGUAUGAUGCACAUGCCUUUCCUUUCUUUCACACUGCUCUUCCUCCUCUCCAGAUAUUAUCUCAGCUCUCUCCUUCUCUCCACUCUGAUCAUUCAAUUUCCCUGCAGGAGAUGUGUGUUAGUAAAAGGAAAGUCCGUCAUGACAGUCUAAACACGCAGUCAUGAUUUAUUUUUGGAAAAAGCAUACAGUAAAGAGAGAAAAAUUUUAACCUACAGUAUCUGAUGUGAUAUACAGUAUACAGAAGUACCAUAUAAAUCCCUCUACAUUGAUAGAGGAGGGUUCUGUAUGAGUGUGUAGAUAAUAUAUGAAUGUUUCAUUAUGAAAUGUGUUUAAUGCAUUAUAUUGUAUUGGUGAUUCAACCUGUGAAUACUUGUGAAGGGCAUAUUGUAUGUCUCUGUGACAUGGGACCGGCGCAAAGCCUGAUGGGAAUGAUGGAGGAGAGUCCCAGAGGGGGCAGGUCUUUGCACAUCCCAACAUUUACUGCCAUUGUAUAUGUCAAUUAUUGAAAUGUAUGAUAAUGUUUACCAAGUCCUUAGCCCAUGAAUUACAAAGCACUGAAAUGUCUAUCAUGAUACUGUAAAUUGCAGAAAGGACACAAUCAAAGAUGUGUCUUAGAGAAGCAUUUCAAAAAUGGAUUUUCCCUCUGUGAGCUUACGUGGCUCAAGUGUAUCCUGGCUGUACUAUUUUUGUUCAAAAUCCUUAAUUGUAAUCGCAUCAUGUAUGGAAGAAAAAAGAAGCACACUGACCUUCAAUCAGUUCCACCCACACAUUUAAUUUCUACAGUGCAUACUGCCCUCCAGUGGAGGCAAGCUGUAAGAGCACACCUUACUUGGUCAUUUUUGCCAGUAGUACCUGAUUUAAAAAAAACAAAACAUAAUGAAACAAAUGUAGAAUGUAGUUGACAUGAGCACAACAUUUUCUAAAUUGGUGGGUAGAAAAUUAUGAUAAAAAAACAUUCCAAAGCCUUUUUCUAAAAGAUUGUAAGUGGUAAAGAGGGUAAAAUGUGUGUUAACACAUUUUAGUUUGAAGUGCAAAGACAGGCUUCAAGGAAUCCUCCACCAUUCCCUUCUGUAUCCUAGAAAGUACUCCCUAAUACAACCUCCUUGUUUUGUUUUCCUAUCAACAAAUGUUUUAGGUUGAUUAAUAUAUGCUUACUGGGUGCAAAGCCUUGUAAUAAGUUCUUGAAAAAAAGACAAUUCUGAGAAGAUAUUUCUAUGCUAUUAUACUUCAGUGCAUAUUUGUGUCCACAUUUAUAGUCAUUGACAUAACUAUAUUUUGCCAGACCACACACUUUUUUACAUAACUAAAAAUGUGUGGAGUGCAGUGUUAAAAGUUAUUCUCCUCAACAUCAGUGUGCCCUCAUAGAGGUUAUACUCUUAUAUGGGUGUACAGGGCAACUGUUCUGGCACCAGCUAGCACAGUUGAAACAAAGCCAAAUCACAUCUAACAGUACUGUCUUUCCAAGAUAUCUGCCCCCUUGAACCAAUAGAAUGAGUCCUUGCAAAACGUGUGCCAUCUAUAGGCCAGAUAAACAUUUCCCAGAUUUACAUGCGGGAGCUCUCCACUACGGUUACCCACGGGACGACUACUGUAUUCACUCAUGACAAAAAUCAAAUCAAAUUUCAAAAACAUGCCCUCUAAGUCACUUGACUUAAAUUUCCAGAGAGGGCUACGGAACAAUUCAUGAGAAAAAUGAAUACAUUUCAUACUCCAAUUUUAUCUACUUACUCAAUGAUUCAUCCAAAUAUAUAAUGUGUGUUUUUUACAUUGCAGUGUUUGCCAUGACUUUAGUAUGAGGCAUUAGUACAAAUGCGCCCAACAACGGGUGCCCAAGAGCCCUACACAAAACAGAGAUUUCUUUCUCCUGGCUCACUGGCUUUCUGCUUAGCUGUUGCCACAUGCGCCUGCUAACAUCGUACUGUAAAAGGCAGAUGCCAUGUUAAGUCCAGGUCAAAGGUGAGAGGGGGUUUUUGCCAGGGGUGGAAAAGAACAGGAGGACAGAUUGUGAUAAAGGGCUUGACUGGAGCAUAUGUGUAGGAUUCCUUGUACGCUUGUGUGAGAAGGAGUGUUUACUUCUUAGCACAUACUGUUCAACCUACAGUAUGUAUUAGGGGAUGCAAUUGUGCUUGACUAGUGGUGGUGUGUUCGCAUACUUGUCUUGUGUGUCUCCUCAGCCCUUUCCCACAGUUCUGUUCUCUCGCCGAUUGUUCGGCUCCAUCCUCGGUUGCUGCUCCGCCCUCUUCUCCAUCUCUUCGGUGCUGGGCCUUGGUGCACUCCCGUGAAACACUCUCACACUCUCUGGUAACUGAACAAUGGGGUUUGAGGCUGAACAACUGGAGAUCCUGACAUGAGAACAUGCAAUGAGGUACACUGCCAUAACCAAGAGCUUCAACAUCCAGGGUCUUCCACCCUUCAGCUUAAAAGCGAUGUUCAGCCCUGAGUAAUUGAGAACUGUUGGGUCAGCUAGGGUGGAGCAAACAUCCAUCACACCAUAUGUAUAGAUAUACAUGAGUAUGCAAACAACCAACUUGUUCAUUGUUUACCAUAGUAGCCAGAGUAGUUCCUCUCUGUUGUAGUGAAUGAACAGCCAUGUUAAUAGUUAGUCAAUUAAUGAAUAAUAAGUAUUGUCAAACUAAAAAAAAAAUACUAAGCAAAACAGCCAAUAUAGGGGUUCCUCAGGACCAACAAACAAGACCACUGAACCAGCUGACUCAGGGGUGUCUCAAUGCAGUUCUCAUCCCCAGGCAUGUCCUCAAGGGUCUCCAUUUUUUCCUUAACAUAUUGCAUCCUAGACCACUCCUCGGCUGGGAUUGUAUCACUAAAUUAUGAUUUGCACGUUUGUUUUCUUGGGAAUGAUUAUUAUACGUUUUUUGUGGUAGUUGGCUGCCUGGCAUAUGGUGCAUCCUUUCUAAACACUGCUGACUUUUUCGAGACGUGGACACAUGUCCAAAUCAGGUGCAAAUACACUGUGAUUCAUUCAUUUGUCUGUGUGUGUGUGUGUGUGUGUGUGUGUGUGUGUGUGUGUGUGUGUGUGUGUGUGUGUGUGUGUGUGUGUGUGUGUGUGUGUGUGUGUGUGUGUGUGUGUGUGUGUGUGUGUGUGUGUGUGUGUGUGUGCGUGUGUGUGUGUGUAUGUGACAACGGUAUUAUAUAGCAUCAUAAACAAGAUUAUGUACAACUGGGCUGCAUUUCGUCUAGUGGUAAAACGCAGAGUAUUUAUGCUUGCUUAACUGUGUCAUUAGAAUAGUAGUAAUGGCGGUUAGUUAACACUCAUUGAUUUAAAUUUUACAGUGCAAAGAGUCUACAAGUCUGAUUUUUUUAUGAAACAUGCAGUAUAUUUUACAUAUUUCUACAGAACAGUUAUAGUUUUACCACAUUCUGUAUCUAGUAAAAAGGAUUAGAUAAAAGCUGGUUAAUAAGUGGGUUUUGAUUUUGUAUUUUUCCUUAAAAUUAUACAUGGGUUUCAAGAGCUAAGCUACACAAGAGUGCAAGUAAAAGCCGUUACUAUACAGUGUAGUAGUAAGGCUGCCACACUUUAUACCAUAAUCAAGGGCACAAAGAAAUCCCCUGCAGAGAAUUGUUUUUGUCAGGUUACCUGCCCAGUUUCACAUCCCUCGACAGCCACAACACACAGCAAGAGCAUCUGAACAGCAAGCUUGUUCUUCUCAGUCCUUGUUGUGCCUUGUCACUUUGGGUGCUUUAAUCCAGCCAUGGCAGCCAGGUCCGCAAACAACAAUGCCAAUGUCUUUCUUUACUUGUUUCAUGUGCCACCACAUUCACCAAGACGAUGACAACACCAAACAAUAUUCUUCUUGUCGGUCUCCUCAAACCAGAUCAAGCCAAGUUCUCAAUACUGUCAGCUCACACCUUAGUCGACAACAACAUUUAGUUUACCGUUUCAUCCAAGUUGUCAUCAAUAGGACUGCACUGUUUCCUAGUUACAGUGUUACAACUAAACUUCACAGCGUGACAGAACCAAGUGGUGCGUACAGUGUGAAACCCAGUUAUUGGCUCUAUCAAAGACAUAGGAGGAAAAAGUAAGGCAAUACUGAACAUCUUCUGUACUUGAACGUAGGGUUCCUCAUCUUUAUUCCAUUUGAGCAAGCUGAAACACAACAGACCCAGUUGAUUCAGCAAGUUACAAAUUAGCAGUUUGGACUGAGCUCAAAAGCAUUAGUUUUGGACUGUUUGAUGGAUAGUCUUAACAAAUGCCAGCCACGAUACCAAGCGAUUUGGUCAAUGAUUGUUUUGUACUUUUGUCUAUGCCUUUACAUCUUAUUCUGUCUUGCAAUGAUGAAUGAUUUGUAGUGCCAAGACGUAAACUUUGUGUCUUUUGUCUCGUGUGAAGAAAAAAAAAAUUCUCUCGCCAAAAUAAUAACGCCUGCAGUUGGAAUAAAACAUGGAGGAAGUCAAUGAUGACAAAAUGCGCAAAAAAAAAAAAAUCACUUAUGUUGCAUUUUCUUACAAUGGAAUGAUGAAACAGGCCCGAUCACUGAUUCACUUUUAAAUAACCUCAUUUCCUGGUUUUCCAACCACCUCCCAGCAUGCCUUUAAAAGUCAUUGUGAGGUGACCCUCAACAUUUAGCAUGUAAGUGCUCUCAACUGCACAACAAACCCUCUGAUUUCUGCAUUAAUGUGUAGCAGCAGGUCAUUGUAGUGUUUAACUUGGUUUAAGUAUGUACCUUAGUGUCAUGACCAUCUGUUUGACCACUGGAGUAGUAUGUUCAGAUGAUAAAACGGUGCAUUUUCUUCUUUUACUUUUGAUCCUUCUUUGAUUUCUGUUAAUAACCUGGUGCUGAAUUUAAAAGGUGCUACCACUGUGGACUGCAGUCCACUUUUUAGCUUUCUGAUAGCAGCCUUCCGGUUGACUGAGAGGGCCUGCGCCCCGCAAACUUGCAGUCUCAAAAUGCUCUAGAGCUAGCACCUCAAAUCCACACAGUUUACAGCAGAACUCAACUCUUAAUGGUGCCAUUUUGAUUUUCCAACCUGCACAAAAAAACAACAUUUACUCUGUGUAUAUAUACUUUAAUAUACUGGUUUCAGCAUACAGUAUGUUUUAAUUUUACUAUGAUUCAAUCUGCACUAGGAUUUUUUUCUUUCUUUUCUCUGAGAGACUGAAACUGGCAGAUGAUAAAAUGCAUCUUUUUGGCAAACGCACAGGAGCACAAAUGUACUAUUGCUAAUGGAAUUUGGGUAAAAAAAAUUAUAUAGAAUGUGAUUGCUGUGUUGUAAAUUCCUGUCAUCUAUAUGUCCUUAAUCUGUGUGUAUCUAUUUUUGUUGUUAUUGUAGAAUUGGCUGUAAUAUUUUGUUUGAAAAUGGAUUUGAUAUUCCAAUGAAGCGACUAUGGUUGUCAUAUUAAUUGCUGCUGAUUUUUGAAAUUGUUAUCAAAGGUGUUGGGAAAUAUUGCUUUGUUUAUAUUCAAUCAAUUUCUAGAUUGUGUUAGCUUGUUGGUGUAUUUCACAAAUCUAUCAGGAUACUCCCUAGACUAUAUGAUUUAUCCGGGGUAUUCAAAAGUUGGCAUAAUGUCAGUAAGCAAAUUCGCUACAAUCUGUAGCAUCUUUAUGAAAGUGUACUCAUACAGCUUAUGUUGUAACUGAGAACAUAUAAGGAAAGAUUUCUUUGUUGUUGUUGAAUAUAAAAUGUAAGUAAAUUGUUUCAUGGAAUCCCCGUUCUUUAAAAAAAGCAAAACUGAUGUCCUAUUUUUGGGAACAAUAUGAAUAUUAUUAAUAACAUAUGGUGCUACAGUUCUUUUUGUAUGUUUUGGUUUUUAGAUGAAAAGAGAAAUAUUAUGCUGAAAAUGUAAUGUUAAGCCUUACUGUAGAUUCAUAUAUCAGACUGUUCAUCCCAGAAGAGAAAAUAAAUAUAGUAUUUGAAAGUGCAA